AUGGAAUUUGCUGAGAGAAUGUUAAGAAAAUAUGGUUGGGAUGACGAUAAAGGUCUUGGUAAAGAUAAUCAAGGGAUGAAAACACCUAUUAAAGCAGUUUUGAAAUUCGAUAAUCGAGGGGUUGGAUGCAAUCAAAAAGAUGAAUAUUCUAGUGAAUUCAAAUGGUGGGAAUAUUCGUAUAAUCGAGCUGCAAAAAAAGUUUCUGAAUCUCUUGAUCAAUCACAAGGUGAAGAGAAAAAAGAUCAGAAACGUAAACAUUCCGAAGAUAAACAAGAAAGUUCAAAAAAAUCUAUCUAUUCUCGAUUCGAAAAAAGUUCAGUUUUAAUGGGUAACAAAGAAGAAUCUCUUCGAGUCGAACAAGAAACUGUUGUUACUGAAGUCCAUGUUUCUUCAUUACCAACUGAUGAAGAAUUACAUCGAAUAUGUGGCGGUCGAACAGCUCAUAAAGGUGCUCGUCAUGGAAUUCGUAUGAAUGGAAAAUUACAACGCUUACAAGAACAAGAAGAACGUAGUUUUUCCGCUUCUUCUGAAAUUUUACUUGAACAAAAUAUAGAAAAAAAGAAAAAGAAAAAGAGAAAAGCAGAUGAAACUGUUGAAUAG